AUGUCGGCGCUUAAGGAAGACCUUUUGACCAUGGUCGGGAAGCAAAUUCGUUCCAGACUCCGACCAAACGACGAUGACCGACUAGACGACGAUGAUACCGAACCUCCACCUCAAUUCCUCCCACUGGGUGAUCUAGAGUCUCUCUUGUCUGAAGGAACUGUGAAGGAGAUAAUAGCCGAGGCUUUGCGAAAAAGCGAAGCUGAAGCAGCCGAGAUAACGAAGAAGAUAUGCGGAAACAGAUCCGAACCAAGGCGGAUGAAGAUACUCGCAACACUGAUUCUUAUUGAGAAUGUCGAGUACAUGCGGCACUUCUUGGACCACGCCGUGUGGGAUGCCCAGCUGCCCCUGUCUCGUGAGUCUAUCCAGACAGUUUUUCGGGACUGGAAACCAGGCCACAUCGACUACUUCUGUCACAGGCAGUAUGAGAUGCUUGCACCUGUCUUCGAUUUCAGUACCAUUGAGCACCGCAAGUUCCGGAAGAACAGUCGUAUGCCCUUUCGGGAGCGUCUUGAGUGGGAAUUCAGAGGCGCUCACGGAACGAUCUCCAAGGUCAAGAUUGACCAAGACCACCAAUCCUGGAACCCCGACUCGGCUCCUGAGUAUGACACAACCUAUUUUGCCAUAAAGAAGUUCAUCGCUCAGGAUAAUACCAAGUUCAGUCAAGAGAUGAAGGCAUUGGAGCGGUUCAGCCAUCCCAACAAGGGGCACAAGCACCUCGUCCGGCUUCUCCUGUCAUAUGAGCUAGCAGGCGAAUUCUUCAUGAUUUUCCCUUGGGCUCAAGGAAACUUGGCCCAGUUCUGGGAGACUAACCCCAGCAAUCCUGAAUCACGAGACGACUUGUCAUGGUUCAUCCAGCAAUGCCAGGGCAUGGCCAACGGGCUACGCAAAGUUCACAAGGACAAUUCUUGGCCACCAAGGCGUUGCUCUAUUGGAGACACAUCUCUAGUCGAUGCCCGAAACAGAGGUCGGCAUGGGGAUAUCAAGCCUGAGAAUAUCCUCUUCUUCGCAGAAGCAGGACAAGCACGGGGGCACCUCGUCAUUGCUGACUUUACAUUGAUGCGAUUUCAUUCUAUGGACACUGUGGACUGCACUGAAGCCAGCAAAGUAGGCUUUUCUCGAACGUAUUGUCCCCCCGAAGUGGAAGCAGGUCCACGGACCAGUGUCAACCAGAAAUAUGAUAUCUGGACCUUGGGCUGCGUCUACUUGGAGUUCAUUACUUGGUAUCUCAUCGGAUACGAUGCAAUUCGAAAGGAUUGCUUCAAGAGCCCCUCCGGGGAACUCUUGGAGAGCUUCAAUAUGGUCAGACUGAACGAUGACAAGAAGCAUGGUGUGCACACUGACAAAUUCUUCAACCAAACCGACGGGUCUGGGGCCGAAGUCAAGAACUCGGUAGUAAAGGCAAGCAGAAGUAGACUCUGGGCCUUUGAUUAUUGGGCUAAUCAUCACCAGUGGAUCAGUAUGCUCCAUGGGAAACAACAUUGCUCUCGCGCCUUGCACGAUUUCCUGGAUCUGGUGGAGAAGCGCAUGCUGGCUCCAUUGCCCAGCGACCGAUGCUCGAUGGCUCAGGUAGACAUCGAGCUGACUAAAAUUCUAAAUGAUUGUCAAUCCGAUCAAUAUUGCCACGUGGGCGAUCCGAGACUCAUUUCCAACAAUGAAAACUUCCCUCCCAAGUUCACCAAGCAGUCUAGGCAAUAUCCCAAGCCUCCCCUGCUGACCUUGCCGACGUCUACCCCUUCUCCAGAAAGUCGACCAAACCCAGAUCUCGACGUCAUUAAAAAUGCCUUUGCCGACGUAAUAUUACCAGGACACCAACCACCCACGACAACCAGUCAGGGCAAUGCAUCCUCGUCCACAUUGGAGGGCCAACCAACUAGGGGAGUGAAAAGGAAAGCAGGCCAGCAUCUUUCGCAGCUUGAAACUCGGUAUACUUUUAAAAGAAGGGCAACGAGUAAUCACAGUUUCAGGUCCAAUUCGCCCAGACCGUUUGACCAUACUGAUGUUUCACUGGGAGUUGGUUUGGAUCGCCCAGACUCAUUAGAUGGAGCCUCCUUCCUCACAACCGACAAUGUAACGCUUGUUGACACCGAGGAUGGGGAUCAGGUGUAUCUGGCAAAUUCUGGGGAUAGAAAUCCUGAUGAUUCUCUCAAGGUUUGCAGCUAG